GCCGCCGCACGGCGCCGUUACAGCGUCAUGCUCCAGCGGAAUUUAGAUUGUCUCAUUAGACCACAUCGCUCCGCCACCAGCAACACAAAUCGGCGAGCUUGCCAGCCUUUGUACAAUGAAAGCCGAACGCAUGCGCUGUCCCACAACCAACCGCAUUAUCAGCGUUGUCGGCUUUGCGUUGUGGCAUUCACUAAUAUCAUGCUCAGCCUUGCAUUCACCAUGCACUUCACGUGAAAGGCACGGGCCGGCGCUCACGACACAUUCGGUGAUUUGAUACAACACUCACACGCACUUUGCAAACCUGCUAUAUAAAUUUCCGGAUUCGACCAUCGCUCCCACGUACGCUCCAGCCAGCGUUUACGACUUGCCGAUGGCAGGCCUAAUGCGUAAAAGGACGGUCUCCAAGGAGAGCUACUGCAGUCCAAUUACCCAAGCCUUUGCGGUUACUUUAACGGAGAACGGUCGCUGUGGCGACUCUUCACACUCAAAGACAGCCUCGGUCACCUUCUGCGCCGAAGAGAAGGCGGCCAUCAUCUUCUCGAAGGAUGCCUCAUACGCUGUCGUCCAUAAUAGCUUGGCAUCCAGAGUUACGACGGAAACCCGGCCGGCGACAUCACUUUCACUGACGCUGCUACGGCAGUUUCAGCGUGCCGAGUUAGCGGAGUCUGGCAAGCUUGGUCCGCCGCCAAACGCCAAGCUGGUGUCUCCUGUCAAGACAAACAGUGAGCAGGCGAAGCCAUCGUCGACACCGUUUAAGAAAGGAGCGGGUGGGCCAUGUGCGCCGGCUACUGCAGCGCCAAGGAUCUCUUCUCAUACGGAGCCAGACCUCGCCUCCGACUCAAAGGUGGCCGGAACAACGCAGGUCUCCGAUAUGGGAGCUUCUCUCGCAGACGCAGAUGCGGAUGAUGAGUGGGAAAGGAUCGAGGAGGCCGAGACUGAGGACAAAUGCUACGUCCUCGUUUCGAAGAUUUGUUAAGAUGUGCCCAGGUAUGAUGGCCUAGUGGCCCGCGGGAGUCAGCGAGGUGGUGUUGCAACGUUCUCAGCGUGGCUGUCGAAGCCUUGCGCCCG